AUGAGUUGCAGACAAUUCUCCUCGUCCUUGUGGAGCCGCGGCAGCAGCUGUGGGGGUGGUGGGGGCAGCGGGGGCAGCAUGAGAUCUUCCUUCAGCCGCUUCAGCUCCUCAGGGGCCCGAGGAGGAGGAGGAGGGGGAGGAGGGGGGUUCAGCUCUUCCAGUAGCUAUGGUGGAGGCAGCUUUGGGGCCUGUGGGAGGGGAGGUGGCGGAAGUUUUGGUUCCAGCUAUGGUGGAGGACUCGGCGGGGGCUUUAGUUCAGGGAGUUUUGGUAGUGGUACAGGAGGCUUUGGUGGAUCUGGGGGUUUUGGGGGUGGCACCGGAGGCGGUAAUGGUGGCAUCCUGGACAUCAACGAGAAGGUCACCAUGCAGAACCUCAAUUCGCGGCUGGCUAACUAUCUGGAUAAGGUACAGGCACUAGAGGAGGCCAACACACUGGAGAAGCAGAUCCAGGGGUGGUAUCAGUCCAAGGGACCUAGAAUCUACCAGAAGGACUAUUCCCCUUACUAUGAUACUAUUGAAGACCUCAAAGACCAGAUUCUGGACCUGACACAGCGUGGUAACAAAACUCUCUUGGACAUUGACAACACUCGAAUGACAAUGGACGACUUCAGGAUUAAGCUUCAGAUGGAGCAAAACUUGCAGCAAGGGGUGGGGGGUGACAUCAAUGGCUUGAGGAAGGUACUGGAUGAUCUGAACAUGGAGAGGGCUGACCUGGAGAUACGGUUUGAGUCUCUACAAGAGGAACUGAAGGCCCUCAGGGAGAACCACCAGGAGGAAAUGAGCCAGCUGACUGGCCAGAAUGAUGGGGAUGUCAAUGUGGAGAUAAAUGUUGCUCCUAGCAAAGAUCUCACUCGGACUCUUAAUGAGAUGCGAGAGAAGUACGAGCAGAUCAUCGAUAGGAACCGGAAGGACAUCGAACAACAAUACGAGUCCCAGAUGACUCAGAUAGAACAAGAAGUGACAACGAGCGGCCAAGAGAUGGAGAGCAACCAGAGGGAGCUGGCCCAGCUUCGGCGCAGCGCCCAAGAGCUGGAGAUUGAGCUGCAGGGUCAGCUCAGCACGAAAGCAGCCCUGGACAAGGCUUUGGAAGACACCAAGAACAACUACUGUGGCCAGCUACAGCAGAUCCAGGGGCAAAUCACUGAACUCCAAAUCCAGCUGGAACAGAUCCGGGGAGAGACAGAGUGCCAGAAUCAGGAAUACAGCGCUCUGCUCUCCAUCAAGACGAAGCUGGAGCAGGAAAUUCAGACCUACCGCAGCCUCCUUGAGGGGGGCCAGGAAGACUUUGAUUCUUCUGGAGCUGGACAAAUGGGCUUUGAAGGUGGCAAAGGAAGGAGAGGGGGAAGUGGAGGCAGCCAUGGUGGAGGAAGUGGAGGCAGCCACGGUGGAGGAAGUGGAGGCAGCUAUGGUGGAGGAAGUGGAGGUAGCUAUGGUGGAGGAAGUGGAGGCAGCCAUGGAGGAGGAAGUGGAGGCAAGUAUGGAGGAAGAAGUGGAGGCAGCUAUGGAGGAGGUAGCAGUUCUGGAGGAGGAAGUGGAGGCAGCUAUGGUGGAGGAAGUGGAAGCAGUUCUGGAGGAGGAAGUGGAGGCAGCUACGGAGGAGGUAGCAGUUCUGGAGGAGGAAGUGGAGGCAGCUAUGGUGGAGGAAGCAGUUCUGGAGGAGGAACUGGAGGCAGCUAUGGUGGAGGAAUCGGAAGCAGUUCUGGAGGAGGAAGUGGAGGCAGCUAUGGUGGAGGAAGCAGUUCUGGAGGAGGAAGUGGAGGCAGCUAUGGUGGAGGAAGCGGUUCUGGAGGAGGAACUGGAGGCAGCUAUGGUGGAGGAAUCGGUUCUGGAGGAGGAAGUGGAGGCAAGUAUGGUGGAGGAAGCAGUUCUGGAGGAGGAAGUGGAGGCAGCUAUGGUGGAGGAAUCGGUUCUGGAGGAGGAAGUGGAGGCAGCUAUGGUGGAGGAAGCAGUUCUGGAGGAGGAAGUGGAGGCAGCUAUGGUGGAGGAAGCAGUUCUGGAGGAGGAAGUGGAGGCAAGUAUGGUGGAGGAAGCAGUUCUGGAGGAGGAAGUGGAGGCAGCUAUGGUGGAGGAAUCGGUUCUGGAGGAGGAAGUGGAGGCAGCUAUGGUGGAGGAAGCAGAAGUGGAAGGCCAUCCCAGUCGCAGUCUUCUUCCUCAAAACCUGAAGACUGUGAUGAUGAGUCACAAGACCACAAGAUUCGAUAUUAG